AAUGCAACAGCAACAACAGCAACGUCGAAUGUUCACAGCUGCCUUCCUGGCACUUGUUUUCAUUCUGGCAGCUGUGACUACCACCGAGGCUGGCAAAAAAGAGAAACCAGAGAAAAAGGCGAAGAAGUCCGACUGUGGAGAAUGGCAGUGGAGCGUCUGUGUGCCCACCAGUGGUGACUGUGGCCUGGGGACACGCGAGGGCACUCGCACAGGAGCUGAGUGCAAGCAAACCACCAAGACUCAGAAGUGUAAGAUUCCCUGCAACUGGAAGAAGCAAUUUGGAGCGGAGUGCAAAUACCAGUUCCAGGCCUGGGGAGAAUGUGACUUGAAUACUGCCUUGAAGACUCGAACCGGGAACCUAAAGAGAGCCCUUCAUAAUGCUGACUGCCAGAAGACCGUCACAAUCUCAAAGCCCUGUGGGAAGCUUACCAAACCCAAACCUCAAGAAUCCAAGAAGAAGAAAAAGGAAGGCAAGAAACAAGAGAAGAUGCUGGAUUAAUGGAGCCAACUUGGGCAAUGUGAGAAAGGGACAUCAGCAAACAUGAUCAGUUAACAGUUUCAUUUAUACCUAGGCAUUUUAUCCUAAAAUUAUUUAUAGCUUAAUGGUACCAUAGAAAGAAACAAACAAACACAGAAAAAAAAAAUCCUUUUUUUAUUACUUUAGUAUUUUUAAUGUAUAACCCUAACAACAAUUUUUAGAGGCCUGUAAUAAAGGACUCCAAACUCAUUUAGAAAAUUAUGUCUAUUGUAUAUUGAUCAAUGUAGAGGUUUUAAAGAUAUUUUUUUUCUCAAGUCUUGCCAUAGGUCUCAAUCUGGUAAUUACUCCAUGCGAGCAGAACCUGAACCUGUGUGGAGCUGUGCUGAAGCCAGUGGUGCCCUGUGUGAACAUAGGAGUCUGGCUGGAUGCAAUUAUAUUUAAGAUUGGGACCUUAUAUCCGAAAAAACCCAGACUUGUUUCUUAAGUUCUUACUAUAUCUGGACAACUGUAUUGAAAUUAUUUGUUUAAGGAAAGGAUGGGGGCAUUUUGUAGAGUAUUUACAGGGAUAGAAUUUUUUUGGAUGUGUGGUGAAUGUUCAUUCCAAAAUGCCACCAUUUCCAGGUAAAAACCAGUAGUACUCGUAUCCUUGGCCAUAUUUGGGAUGUCAGCAGUAAAAAUUCUGAAAUCUUUCAACAGUUGGACAUAGAAGAGUGCUAAUUUUUCACGAUUUUCUAGCAAUGAUUUUU